UGCGGCUCUGCGCAGUUUGGCUUCACGAUCGCGCAUCAGCCGAUAUAUCAACAAUGCGACCAGCUGUGCUUUAUCGAACAAUCGCAUUGAAGGCAUGGGAGUGUCAGUCGAGAAACGCAAUGCCACGUUUGGAUGGAAAGUAUAUGCUGCACUCUUAAUUUUGACGUCCGUUGGCCACGCUUGCCUCGUACCUCACAUUCGACCACUUCGCGAUGCGCUCACACAACCACUAUGGAUAUUGAGGAACGACAUCUCAACAAGUGUCACGGAUUUCGUGGUAGUUUUAGUGGUCGGACUUUACUUCCACGGUGCAGAUGAUCUGAAGCUUCCAGCAUGGAUUUUGAAGACACGACUCGUGGAGCUUCAAGUCUUCGCCUGCCUUGUACUGUUGAUGAUUUUUGCCAGACUCAUUGUCUGGAGAGGAGAAGUGCAGUCCGAGCAAUGGAAGGCCGAGGCAAAAGAUGAGUCCUCGACUGAGCAAUUCUUACCGCCCUUGUUGAUACCUGGACGUACAACCCACUCACGAAUGUUCCCGCAGAAGCAUUCUUUCGCAUACUCGUACUUUUCUGUUGGAGUACCCGUCAAUUUCAAAGGAUGUGCUGGAUCGAUGCUCUCUACCAAUCUGGAGUUACUGCCACCAGGUCAAAGGCGAAAGGGAUGGUUCAACGUCAAUGCUGCAGACUAUCUGUAUCGAGGUGGAUCAGAACGCGGAUUGGAGGAACGUCUGAGGUGCUACCUUCGUGGAGAGGGUGUGCCGGAUGAAGCCUGGUCUUUCGCCUACCUAGUGACAGCACCAAAGUUUUUGGGCUACUCCUUUAAUCCAGUAUCAUUCUGGUACAUCUAUGACAGCUCAAGGCGACUGACUAUGAUGGUACUGGAAGUCAACAACACUUUCGGAGAACGUCGUCUUUACCUUCUGAAAGCCGAGGAGAAGGCCACUAAUGACUCUGUUCCUGAUGGCUUCGAGGCACCUGCCAAAGCUACCAAGUUUACCAAUGCCUGGGUCAAGGACUUCCAUGUCUCGCCAUUCAACUCGCGCAAGGGCACAUAUUCUCUUACUGCGGCAGAUCCUGUGGCAGCUCUAAAGUCUGGCUCGAAGGUUCUGGAUAAUGUUGUCGUGCUCAACUCCUCGAAAGCCCAUGCUAAAUUGGUCGCACGUGUAUACUCAGAAGACUAUAUGGAUCCAAUGGCCAUGACUACUGGUCAAAUUGCAUAUAAGCUGUACUUCAAGCGUAAACUUCACGUCUGGUUCAGACCCGAAGUCCUGGCAUCGAGUAUGGGUCGCACACAUACUUCUUCCGAGGCGGUUGUGGAGGGUUUUUUCCGCGCUUAUCUUGGCUACUUGGUUGACAAUGCAUCUGAAUCACUACGACUUACAUACACACCCGCAGGUGGCUUGGGCGCCUCCAUCACCUUGACAUCCAAGAAUGCAGAGGAUAACAAGGAAGCCAAAGAAUUGGCACUCAAAGUCAUAUCCCCAGCUUUCUACACGAGGUUUGCGCAUUACUCCCAUACCACCGAGGCUUUCGACCGCGAGUCCCUGCACACCGACCCCAAGAACCGCACAUUGAUCAUCGAAAACGCCAAGAACCUAUCCAUCCUCCUUGCCACUGCUUCACCACAAGCAGUCAAGAGCGAACUCGGAAAAGUGCAACAAUGGCGCUGGUCACUUCUCCAACACCUGCGCUCCCCACCCCCUGCAGCAGCAUACCCCGAUACCAAUACCGAAAUCCCAGACAGAGCAAGUGUUCAAGAUAUCCGUAAAAUGCCGUUAUCACCACUCGACAAGUUCGCAGUAUCUUUACCCACCAACAAGGGCAAAGAAUACACAGAAGUCAUCAUGGCACAAUUAGCCAAAAACGUAUCUCCAGCACACAAGCUUGGAUCGGAAAAUCUCGGUACUUUCUAUAGAGAUACUGUUACAAGAAUUCUCUUUGCGGAUACUUAUUUACUUGGCUUUGAGGGGUUGAUUAGAGUCUUGGAUUUCAUGGUUAGGGCGGGUUUGGUGGUUGUGUGGUUCAAAUUUUUUGCUGGUGGAGAGGUUGGCAAGACGCGGUUGUUGUUUGAAGAUGGAAAGGCGUGGAAGGUGCUCGGGUGGAAGAUCGGGUAUUGGGUCAUGGCUAAUGGGUUGCAUUUGUGGGCUGCUGUCAAAGGCGCUUGAGCUAGAAAAUGCAGAUUGACAUAGAAUAUAGAGCUGAGGAUUUUGGAGAUAUAUCUCAGUAUUUCUUAACUCGAUAUGUUCGUUGGUUCUGUUCGUCCCAUGUAUCCCAAGUAUAUCAUCACCUAUAUUGCCUUUUGUCUUA